AUGGCCUUGUUUCAGAACUUCAAUACACACUCGUUAAGAUCAACAAGAGGUUUUAAAUUGAAGCAAUCAUCAGCAAUAUCAAGUCCACAACCCAUAAAUAAUACUGUUUUUCCAAAUCCACAACAACAACAACAACAACAACAACAACAAAAUCCACAUCAACAAGUUCCAUUAAAUCAAUACCUGACAAUAAACAAAGACCCCAAUCUUUUACUGCAGCAACAACAACAACAACAACAAUCAGGUCAACCCGUAUCAUCACAUAAAGAUAUUAGAAAUUAUGCAGAACAAACAUUAGGAUCAGAUAAUGCAUUAAUUCAAGCAGUACAAUUACCACAAGAUGAAGAUGUUAAUGAAUGGUUAGCUGUUCAUGUUGUUGAUUUUUACAACCAAACUAAUAUGUUAUAUGGUGCAAUUACUGAAUUUUGUUCACCAGUAACAUGUCCAAAAAUGAUUGCAACUGAAGAAUAUGAAUAUUUAUGGCAAGAUUCAAAUCCUGCACCUUCAAUACUGAAUGAUAGUUCUAUUUCAAACACUUAUAAUAAUGCUACUAUGAUUUCUUCACCAAAAAGACCAAUAUCCUUACCUGCUUGUGAAUAUAUUGAAAAUUUAAUGAAUUGGGUUCAAAAUUUUUUUGAUAAUGACAAUAUUUUUCCAUCUAAGAUAGGAGCGCCAUUCCCACAUCAAUUCCCAACAUUAGUUAAAACUAUAUUCAAAAGGUUAUUUAGAAUUUAUGCACAUAUAUAUUGUCAUCAUUUUCAUGAAAUUAGUGAAUUAGGAUUACAAAGUCAUUUGAAUACAAGUUUAAAACAUUACGUGUUAUUUGCUACUGAAUUUGAUUUAAUAAGUAGAAAAGAUUAUGGGCCAUUAGAAGAUUUAGUAGAUACAAUGUUAUCUAGGUAA